UGGGGGGGGGUCUCAAUGGCUCCAUUGUUGUAAAUGCCCCCUGCCUCUCGCAUUACCUCUCGUCCCCUCCGUCUCUCCCGCAUCUCUGCUACAUCUCUGCCGACCAGCAGCGACUCCUCCAGCUCGACUCUCCAUUGACUUCUAAGUUACAGGAUGCGUCUGCUGAUCGUGUGGGCGCUGGUGCUGCUGGCCGUGGUGCCGAUCCUCGCCGCGCCCCCCAAGGAGAAGAAGGCCCGCAAGAAGCCGCGCCCCACGGAGCCGCCGCCGCCACCGCCACCGGAGCCCGAAUACGUCGUGGAGGCCCCACAGGACCCCGUGCCCGACCUCAGCAACUACGACGACCUCCUGAAUUACGACACCGAACUGCUGGCGGAGCCCAAGGAGGAGCCCGGGUUGCUCACCCCGAAGACAGAGGCACAGCCCAAGGCACCCGUGACCGAGAAGCCAAAGACCCCACCGCCCCCCGCUGCGGAUGGGGGAGCCGGGGGAGCAGGGGGACCAGGACUGUUUGGCCAGGAGGCACCAAUAGGCCUCCCCACGUGCUUGCUCUGUGUGUGCCUGCGUGGCUCCGUCUACUGCGAUGACAACGACCUGGACGCCAUCCCGUCGCUCCCUCGCGACACCUCCUACUUCUACGCGCGAUACAACCGCAUCGGCACCGUGCGGCUCGCCGACUUCCAGGGCCUGACCCGUCUCAAGCGCAUCGACCUGUCCAACAACGAGGUGGCCACCGUGGAGGCCGGGGCGCUGGUGGGGCUGGUGGCGCUGGAGGAGCUGAACCUCGGCAGCAACCGCCUGACGGCAGUCCCGGCGCUGCCCCCCUCCCUGCGUCAACUCGACCUGCAGCACAACCACCUGGUCAACAGCGGCCUCCCCGUCGACGUCUUCAGGGAUAUGAAUGUGCUCACCUACCUCUACCUGGGCAACAACCACCUCGACCACAUUCCCGUGCCAUUCCCCAUGAGUCUCCGCGUGCUGCACUUGCAGUACAACAACGUGCAGGAGAUCCGGGACGACACGUUCUGCAGCACCAAGCGCCCAAUCAUGCGUCGCGUCCUGGAGGACAUCCGUCUGGACGGCAACCCGGUCAACCUGAGCCGCACGCCCAACGCCUACGUGUGCCUGCCUCGGCUGCCCACGGGCCGCACGUACUGACACCACCACCACCACAAGCACGACAACAAACAUCAACAACAACAACACAAGACCACAACAACAACAACGCCUACGUGUGCCUGCCUCGGCUGCCCACGGGCCGCACGUACUGACACCACCACAAGCAUGACAACAAACAUCAACAACAACACAAGAACACAACAAACAUCAACAGCACAACAUCUACAACGCUGACUUGUACCUGCCGUGCCUGCCCACGGCCGCACACACUGACCAACACCACAACAAAAAGAACCACAACA